AUGUCUCAGGCCGAGACCGUCAAGAAAGUAUUGGAAACUGUGAUCGCCCCUCUGAGAGCGAUAAGCCCCCACGAGACUCACGAGUGCGAUGACCCGGUACAUGAAAAAUCGAAAGUUUAUGCCCACACAUGGUCGUUGGAGGGUUUUGCUUUGGUAGAUACCGCAAAGACCGCUUUGGACGCUUUUGGCGGGUCGCCCGAGGAUGUGGAGGAAGCGUCGGGUAAACCAUGGAACGUAGGCUGGAGUUGCUCUCCGUUGGACGAUAGGGUUGAUUAA